AUGGCAGCAAGUACAAGUAGAAAACGCAAGGUGACAGAUGAGCACCGGUCAUUCCAAGAAAAAUGGACAAAUUUAUAUUUGUUUGUUUGUGUUGGAGAAAAACCGGUUUGCCUUGUAUGCAAUGAGUCGGUCUCUGUGAUGAAGGAAUAUAAUAUUAAACGGCAUUAUGAUUCCAAACAUUCAAGUAAAUUUGCAUAUUUUCAAGGACAGUUACGUCUUGAUAAGGUCGAGGUUCUGAAAAAACAACUUCAACGACAGCAGCAUUCGUUUAACAAACAGAACGAAGAUAGUGAAGCAAGUGUAAAAGUAAGCUACAUAAUUUCAGAGAAAAUUGCACAUAAAUCAAAACCAUUUACUGAUGGAGAAUUCAUAAAAGAAUGUAUAGAGGCAGCAGCAGACGUGUUAUGUCCCUCGCAAAAGCAACUUUUUUCCAAAGUAAGUCUGUCUGGUGUUACAGUUGCAAGGAGGGUAGAAGAAUUGGCAGGCGAUAUUGAAAAAACAUUAAUUGAAAGAUCGUCGCAUUUUGUUUACUACUCCGUUGCGCUUGAUGAAAGUACAGACCUAACAGAUACCGCUCAGUUAGCAGUGUUUAUACGCGGCAUUGACAGAAAUUUUUCUGUUACUGAAGAAAUGGCUGCCUUAGUUCCAAUGAAAGGCAUCACAAGAGGAUGUGAUUUAUAUGAAGCGUUUAAUACCGUCUUAAAUAGAUAUAAUCUGAAGUUAACAAAUUUGGCUGGGAUAUCCACAGACGGCGCACCGGCUAUGGUUGGCAAAAAUGAAGGACUUAUUGCAAUAAUAAGAAAAAACAAUCCUGGCAUCUCCUUCCUCCAAUACCAUUGCAUCAUUCAUCAACAAAAUUUAUUUGCAAAGACUGUCAAUAUUCAUGAUGUUUAUAUUGCCAAGAAAUAUGUGAUAACAAAAAAGCAGAAGACUAGUUAUUACAGGAGGUUGAUAUAUGUGCAAAAUUUAGUUGUAAUAAAGAUAAUCAAAGAGUUUGUUGAUCAAUUGAAUAUUUGGAUAAAUGGUAAGAGAUUUUGAAAAAACAAUAAAGAAGCAGAAGAUGUUCAGUGGCAAGAGAAGCAACAAAAUAAAGAACAUCCAAAGACGGUCAUUAUUAAAGCUAAAGUAAAAGGUUUAGAACAUAAGAAUCAUAAGAAGAAACUAAUAACACAAAAAGUAAUAGAAGAUGAUUGCAGAUGCAAACGCCUAAAAUGUUUUCAAAACGUUUCGAUUGAAGAACGUGAACGCUGUUUUACCAAAUUCUAUAAAAUGCAUUACAAAAACGAACAAGACGUAUACUUGGCUAGCCUUAUAACAAUCAAUAAUAUAAACAGACAUAGAAGACGGAAUCGGAUUAUUGAGUUCUUUAUUGGGAAUGUGUGGAAUUGGAAGUAUUCUUCAGAAGGUUCUAAUGCAUCUGAUAUUGAAUUUUGUGAUAAUGAUGUAGAUUGGUUGGAAGAAGAUGGAAAUUUGGAAGACUUAGAAGUGGAAGACAGUAUAGAAGAGAAAGAUGGUAUAAAAGAGCAAGAUCGUAUAGAAGAAGAAAAUCCUAUAGAAGAAGAAAAUCCUAUAGAAGAAGAAGAUCGUAUAGAAGAAGAAAAUCCUAUAGAAGAAGAAAAUCCUAUAGAAGAAGAAAAUCCUAUAGAAGAAGAAGAUCGUAUAGAAGAGAAACAAGAACGAAGAGAUAAGUGGGAAGAUCAACAUAACGAUCAACAGGAAGAUCAACAUAAAGAUCAACAUGAAGAUCAACACUAA